GCCAGGACACUCCCCAGCGCAGAGGAAUGGAAACUGAAACACGCUCUUUCAGUAAAAACAGGAGGGAGGUGACUUUUGGUUUCCCCACUAACGGCAAAGUAUAACCUCUAGCUGAUGUCACGUUGAGGCAGUCCGUAUGUUUGGAGCACUGAGGAACUUGACCACAGGUCCCAUCACAGGAGCAGAGCCACUCCCCUUUCCUGUGCCGAGCUUGGAGGGGAAACCCAGGCUUUAAAAGUUUCAUUUCACUUAGAAGACGGUCUCUCGUCGGAUUCAUACCCACCAGCCCGUUCUUCUCGGACAUCCCCAGCCUGAAAGGAUGGCAAGCUCCAAAUCUUCUCAGACUACACGUAACAUCGUGAUCGCCUGCCUGGUCCUGUGGUCGAUCAUCUCUGUUAUCAUUAUUGUGGUAUGGGCCACUUCGCCCGAGAUGAAAGGAGCCAGUCAGUGUCGGACGGAGAUGCAAGCCCUCCGGGAGAGACAUGAAGGGGCAAAAGUCGUGUGGACCAAAGACCGAAAAGCUCUCGAGGAGCUGGUGAGACAGGGAUGGAGGAACCAGACUGCUCUACAGAAGCAAAUCGACCAGUACAAGGAGCAAAUACAGUUUAUGAACAUCUCUUUGAACGCCUGCCUGCAAGAAAAUGCCAUUCUGAAUGGAAACAUCACAAUUUUGGACAGCAAAAUCGAAGAAUACAAGCUCAUCGAGGAAAACCUCACUGCUGAAAUCAGCCUGCAGAAAGACCAGAUUGAAGCCCUGGAGCACAAUUUGACUCUGAAGGCUCAGGAGUUGGCAUCUUGUGAGGCUCUACACCUUGCUUCUAAACAGCUUCAAACUGCCGCAGAGAAACAGAAACAGGCCUGCGAGACCACCAAGCAAUAUUUACAGAAGCAACUCACAAAGUGCAAAGAUGUGGACCACCAUAAACAUGAAUAUCAUGUUGAACUCAAUGACAGCGGAGCCCAAGGAAUCACCACGAGAAGUGUUACACUGGCCAUGAUCGUUUGCCUUAGUCUGCUUUUGGUACCAUAGACAAGAGGAAGGCUGGAUGAUGGAGCAUUUGGGUACAUGUUUCGGUGCAACACUGUUCUGAGGACACCGCUCAGGUGCACUUGUAACCCUGGACUUAAAGCACAUUUAAAUCUUCAUUUGGAAGUGCUGAUGCCAAAUUUAUGAUCACAUGUAGUUAAUGAAGGCAUUUUUGGUGGCACAGUUGGGAGCAAUGGAGAAUUUUUCACCUUAUUCAACAAACAUAUGCUGUACUUCAUUGGUGGUAAUUUUUUUGUUUGUUUUUAUUUGGGAAAAAUAUAUGGAUUUUAGGGUCUAGAUGUAUCUGAAUUGUAUUUAUUUUUGUUUGGAGUAACCAGGCUAAUAUGCCAAUGAUAUAUUAAUAUUAAGAGCUAUUCAGAGAUUUGAUCGCACUGUUUUACCACUGUCUCUUCUUUUUUUUUUUUCUUUUUUU